UAAAGAAACAGAGCCUGUCUCUGUCCUCCCCUUUGUACUCUCAAGUUGAUUAUCAAUGGAGAUAAAAACGUUCGUACUUGAUUAGAGAGAAAGGCACUUCGUACCAAAAAGCCAUUUCUUCAUUCCUCGUCAUCAGCAGCUGCUUUUGCAAUUAUCAAAAGCACUCCUUCACAGAAAGCCGCUUCUGCUAAUUUCAGCUCUCCGUUUGACCGUUUCUUCAGAGAAAAAAUACUACAGUUACUUUCAAGGUGGAGAGAAAAACUGAGGGUGAUUGUGUUUGGGACAGAUGGAUCAGAUGAACCAUAGAAAUGGCAACUAUGCUCCUAUCAGGGAUCAAGAGGACCCGAUAUUGGGAAUAUUUGACAAACCGCUUCCUUGCUUUGGUUGUGGAAUUGGAUGGUUUUCUCUUUUGCUUGGAUUUGUAUUUCCAGUGAUGUGGUACUACGCUGCAUUUCUCUACUUUGGGAAGUAUUACCAUAGAGACCCAAGGGAGCGAACUGGGCUCCAAGCUUCAGCAAUAGCUGCUUUGAUAUGUACAACUGCUUUGUUCAUAGUGGUAGCUGUCUUUGUUUUCAAAUCCUUUCUCCCAUAACCUAUGUCGGCGUCAUACAAAAUUCUCUAUGAUGAUGUUUAGCUCAAUCGUCCUUCCUGUUAUCGUAUCAGGCGCAAGCCAGGAAAAUGUUGGCAUCAUGGUAUGUCCAGCUACUGAUACCUGAAGCAGUUUGGCUUCUUUGUAAUAGUGCGCAAGACAAAAACCGUGUAUAUACGCUACUGCUUAGCUCCCAUAUAGUGGGAAUUCAGAAAAUAUUGUAGAUAGGUAGCACAUUUACAAGUACACAUGAUAUUAUCAUCUCAAGCAAGCACACAUCUGCAAAUCAA